AUGGCUGCCCUCCUGCUGCUGCCCCUGCUGCUGCUGCUGCCGCCGCUGCUGCUGCGCUUCUGGCCGCGGUGGCGCUGGCUGGCGGCGGACCUGGCCUUCGCGGUGCGCGCCCUGCGGUGCAAACGCGCGCUCCAGGCACGCGCGCUGGCCGCGGCCGCCGGCGACCCGCAGAGCCCCGAGGGCGGCUGCAGCCUGGCCUGGCGCCUCGCCCAGCUGGCCCGCCAGCGGCCGGCGCACACCUUCCUCGUCCACGGCACGCGGCGCUUCAGCUACGCCGAGGCCGAGCGCCGGAGCAACCGGGCGGCGCGCGCCUUCCUGCGGGCGCGGGGCUGGCAGGAGGGCCCGGGCGGCGGCGGCUCGGGGGGCGCCCGGGAAGGCGAGGGGGCAGCCGGAAGCCGCGAGGCGCGGGCCGCGAGGGAAGGGGGUGAUGGCGCGUCGCCGCUGGCACCGGGGGCCACCGUGGCGCUGCUGCUCCCCGCCGGCCCGGAGUUCCUGUGGCUCUGGUUCGGGCUGGCCAAGGCGGGCCUGCGCGCCGCCUUUGUGCCCACCGCGCUGCGCCGGGGCCCCCUGCGCCACUGCCUGCGCAGCUGCGGCGCCAGCGCGCUGGUCCUGGCGCCAGAGUUCCUGGAGUCCCUGGAGCCUGACCUGCCGGCCCUGAGAGAGAUGGGGCUCCGCCUGUGGGCUGCGGGCCCCGGAGCCCACUCCGCUGGGAUCAGCGAUUUGCUGGCCGAGGUUUCCGCUGCAGGGGAUGCGCCUGUGCCCGGCUACUUGUCGGCCCCCCAGAGCAUGAUGGACACCUGCCUGUACAUCUUCACCUCCGGCACCACCGGCCUCCCCAAGGCUGCUCGCAUCAGUCACCUGAAGCUCCUGCAGUGCCAGGGGUUCUACCAGCUGUGCGGUGCCCACCAGGAGGACGUGAUCUACCUGGCCCUCCCGCUCUACCACAUGUCCGGCUCCCUGCUGGGCAUCGUGGGCUGCUUGGGCAUCGGGGCCACAGUGGUACUGAAGUCCAAGUUCUCAGCCGGCCAGUUCUGGGAGGACUGCCAGAGGCACGGGGUGACCGUGUUCCAGUACAUCGGGGAGCUGUGCCGCUAUCUCGUCAACCAGCCCCCAAGCCAGGCCGAGCGCGGGCACAAGGUGCGGCUGGCGGUGGGCAGCGGGCUGCGGCCGGACACCUGGGAGCGCUUCGAGCGGCGCUUCGGGCCGCUGCGGGUGCUGGAGACCUACGGGAUGACCGAGGGCAACGUGGCCACGUUCAACUACACCGGCCGGCGGGGCGCCGUGGGCCGCGCCUCCUGGCUCUACAAGCAUGUCUUCCCCUUCUCUUUGAUUCGCUAUGAUGUCACCACAGGGGAGCCACUGCGGGACGCCCGGGGGCACUGUGUGGCCACGUCAGCAGGGGAGCCCGGGCUGCUGGUGGCGCCGGUGAGCCCGCAGUCCCCGUUCCUGGGCUACGCGGGGACGCCGGAGCUGGCCCGGGGGAAGCUGCUGCAGGACGUCUUCCGGCCUGGGGACGAGUUCUUCAACACCGGGGACCUGCUGGUCUGCGACGACCAGGGCUUCCUUCGCUUCCACGACCGCACGGGGGACACCUUCCGGUGGAAGGGGGAGAACGUGGCCACCACGGAGGUGGCGGAGGCCUUGGAGGCCCUGGACUUCCUCCAGGAGGUGAACGUCUAUGGAGUCACCGUGCCAGGGCACGAGGGCCGGGCCGGGAUGGCGGCCCUGGUCCUGCGUCCCCCCCACGCGCUGGACCUCGGGCAGCUCUACGCCCACGUUGCCGAGCACCUGCCGCCCUACGCCUGGCCCCGCUUCCUCAGGCUCCAGGAGUCGCUGGCCACCACGGAGACCUUCAAGCAGCAGAAGGUCCGCAUGGCCAACGAGGGCUUCGACCCCAGCGCCCUGCCCGACCCAAUCUACAUCCUGGACCCGGCGGGGGGCGCCUACCUGCCCCUCACCCCUGCCCGGCACAGGGCCCUGCUGGCCGGGGACCUGCGCAUCUGA